AGCAUUUAUUCGAAACGUAGAACCAGAGGCAGCUAUUCUUGGUAAAUACAAAGUAGCAAUUGCUACCCCCCCUGAGACUUUAUUUCCAGAUGCUACUGUCGGUCCACUACCAACCGACAAUACAACGCAACAAAUCGUACCGCCGGUCAAAACACGACCCAUUACCAAAACGUCAAGUGAUAAUAGCUAUGAUAAUUUUUUAAAACUAAAAUUUCAACAUCACAACCGUGUACAUUCUAAAGUUCAUUAUACUUUUCCGAAGUAGGGUCUACCACNCCUGAGACUUUAUUUCCGGAUGCUACUGUCGGUCCACUACCGACAGACACUACAACGCAACGCAUCGUACCACCGGUCAAAACACGACCCAUUACCAAAACGUCAAGUGAGUAUAGCUAUAAUAAUUUUAUAAAACUAAAAUUUCAACAUCGCAAUCGUGUACAUUCUAAAGUUUAUUAUACUUUUCCGAAGUAGGGUCUACCACCAUGACUGGAAAAUCGCAUCUGAAUGCUACUGUCGUUCUGAGCAAGACUGAUAGUACGACACAGUGCAACUUACCGCCGGCGAAAAUACAACCAAUUACCAAUUCGUCAGGUAAGUAGAGCUAUAAUUAGUUUAUUUAUUAAUUAUUAUAAAAUUGAAUCGUGUACAUUAUAAAGUUAAUUAUACAUUUCCGAAAUAGCGUCUGUCACUUUGACCGAAACAACGUAUCCGACUGCUAUGAAGCAACACAUUCUACCACCAGCCAAAACACAACCCGUAACCAUUUCGUCAAGUGAGUAUAGCUUUAAUUAUAUUAUAAAACUAAAUUCUCAACAUCGCAAUCGUGUUUAUUAUAAAGUUCAUUAUACUUUUCCGAAGUAGGGUCUACCACCAUGACUGGAAUAUCGCAUCUGAAUGCUGCUGUCGUUCCAGGCAAGACUGACGGUACGACACAGCGCGUCAUACCUCCGGCCAAUACUCAAUCUCCCAUUGGCACUGAUCCACCAAGUGAGAACAGCAAUUAUUAUAAAAUUGAAUCGUGUACAUUAUAAAGUUAAUUAUACAUUUCCGAAAUAGCGUCUGUCACUUUGACCGAAACAACGUAUCCGACUGCUACUACGCAACACAUUCUACCACCAGCCAAAACACAACCCGUAACCAUUUCGUCAAGUGAGUAUAGCUUUAAUUAUAUUAUAAAACUAAAAUUUCAACAUCGCAACCGUGUACAUUCUAAAGUUCAUUAUACUUUUCCGAAGUUGGGACUACCACCAUGACUGGAAAAUCGCAUCUGAAUGCUACUGUCGUUCCGGGCAAGACUGACGGUACGACACAGCGCGUCAUACCUCCGGCCAAUACUCAAUCUCCCAUUCGUACUGAUCUACCAAGUUAG